CAUAUUCAUAUUUGUAGUAACUUUUCCUCCUUUUUUUCAAGUGUUAAUUUUUUUUUCCCGUGUCUUUUUUCCUCGUAAACAGCCCGCUCAUCACGAAAAUCCACUGAGCCCAGCCCAAAUACAGCUAUUUUUUUUUCCCUCCAAAGUGAGUUUUCAUUUUCCCCUCCUCUUUCAUUUCCUUUUCUUUUUUCUUUUUAUUUUUCUUUUCCUCUUUCUAUUUUCAGUCCUUUUCAUUUCCUAGUACACUUGAAAACCUUUUGAGCUACCAUCACAGAGAAAGGUACUUUUGGAACCUUAGGAGGCUGGAGAAAUGGCUAACAGAAGAAGUUUUCGUCUCAGAAGAAAUGGAGAUGAAAACAAAGAGGAAUCUGGGACUAUGGUGGGUGGUAGAGGGGGAAAAAGGCAGAAGAACGGGUCAUCAUCAGAAGAAGAAGCAGGGUUUGGUGGAGACUAUGAAGAGAAAAGGGCCCAAAGGAUGAAGGAGAAUAUGGAAAGAUUGAAGGAACUGGGAAUUUCGGACCUUUCCAAACAACUCAAACCAGAGAAAGUUCCUCUUCCAAAGAAAAGGGCUGCUCCUUUAUCUAAGUUUCUUGAUCUUAAUGAUCCUCCUAGGCGUUCUUCGAGGUUGAUGAUCAAAGAUCCCAUUAAUUACUCCGAGAGAAAGCCUCCUAAGGAGGAGAAUGUGAAGAAGAACGUGGUGAUAUCUAUAAAAGAGGGAGCAAAGCCUGAAGUUUACACAGAAGAGCAUGACAAGCUCUUGGGUGAUUGUAAAACUGAUUGGACUUUAGGUGUUGAUGGCUAUGAUGGAGAGGGCGGACGCAUAUAUGAUCCAUAUCUGGGCAAGAGUUGUCACCAAUGCAGACAGAAAACUCUAGGUCAUCGCACCCGAUGCAGCAACUGCAAUUUGGUUUCAGGACAGUUUUGUGGAGAAUGCUUGUACACAAGAUAUGGGGAGAAUGUUAUCGAAGUAAGUGAGAAUCCUGAAUGGAUCUGUCCUGUUUGCCGAGGAAUAUGUAAUUGUAGUCGCUGCAGGAGGAAGAAAGGAUGGGAACCUACUGGAUUAAUCUAUGAAAAGGUGAAGAGUCUUGGUUUCAAGUCUGUGGCACAUUAUCUUAUUCAGACCUUUCGAUCUGGACCAAAAACUGAGGAGCCAAUCAACAAAAGCGCAGAUCAUGUAAGUGUUUCAUUGUCCCAUGCAGAUGAAGAAGAUGAUCCUGUGCAUAGCAGUUCCAGUGUCUCUUCGUGAAUUGGGAGAACAGUCGAAGGCAUCUUCACGGCGACUGCAAAACAGUUGGAUAGUACUAACAAAUAUAAUGCAGUAGUAGUGGUGGGGGUUUAUGGUGAAUGAAGUGACUUUUGAGGAUAUGCUUUAGGAGCAAUGAAUGUUGCAUGAAAGGGAAAUGGUUAAUAUUAUAGAUUUUUGUAAAAGCCAUUUAUUUUGCUGACCAACUAGCUUCAGGUGAGUUACUCAAAACAUGCGAUGUGGACUAUAUUUGGCUUUUAAGUUACUUUAUCGUACCGUCUCAGAUGACCAACAUUAUUAUUAUUUAAUGUGCUCUAAGCAUGAAUUAGGACCAAAAUUCCUUGGAAGUUCUUCCAGUAUGCGAAAUGCAAGUUAUAUCCAAAAAUAAAAUAAUUGUUGAUCCAU